AUGGCCGUAACCAAAGGCAAUAAAAGGCCUCAUGUAUUGGCUGUGCCGUUUCCGGCCCAAGGCCACGUGAAGCCGCUCAUGAAAUUGGCUCGCCAAAUCGCCAAACACGGCAUUAAGGUCACGUUCGUUAACAUCGAAUGCGUCCAUCGCCAAAUCCUCUCUUCCCCCUGGGCCGAGGCCGAGGACGAGGAUGAGGAUAUGGACAACUUGGUGAUGACCUCCGUGAGCGACGGGCGGGGCCCGGCGGGAAUUCUUUCUCCAAAACGGCGGCCAUUUGUUGCAAGAGAAGCUCGCUACCAGAGAAGCCUCACCGGAUAUGGUCACCAUUUUCACCUCAUCCGAGCUAGAAAAGGCCACCAACAGCUUCCACAACAGCAUGAUCAUUGGCCGAGGCGGCUUUGGACCGUGUACAAAGGCGUUUUAGCGGAUGCAAGAACAGUUUCCAUCAAGAGGUCUACAAGAGUCGAUCCCACACAAAUCGAGCAGUUCAUUAACGAGGUUGUUGUGCUGUCUCAGAUCAACCAUGGGAAUGUUGUCAGGCUUCUUGGUUGUUGCCUAGAAAAAGAUGUCCCACUUUUAGUAUACGAGUUCAUUAGCAACGGCACCCUUUCUUCCCAUCUGCACGAUGAGGCUAAGGCGCGUGCUCUUGAUUGGAGCAUGCGUCUGAAGAUCGCUUCAGAAACUGCAGGGGUGCUCUCGUAUCUGCACUCUUCAGCUUCUACUCCGAUCAUACAUAGGGAUGUCAAGUCGGACAACAUCCUCUUAGACCAUACUUUGACCGUGAAGGUGUCGGAUCCAAUUGAUCUCGCACAGCUAUCCACUGUGGUGCUAGGAACUUUGGGAUACCUGGAUCCCGAGUACAUGCUGACAAACCAGUUGACAGAAAAGAGCGAUGUUUACAGCUUUGGAGUUGUCUUGCUGGAGCUAGUCACGGGGCGUAAAGCAUUGAGUUUUGAUAGGCCGAUAGAGGAGAAGAGUUUAUCUAACUAUUUUCUUUAUGUACCCAAGCAUGAUUUGUUGGUAAAAAUUAUUGAUGAAAAAAUUGUAGGUUUGAGAAAUAUGGACCAAAUAAAUGCAGUUUGUAAGCUAGCGAAAGAGUGCUUGAACGUGAAGGGAGAAGAUAGGCCGAAUAUGAAGGAGGUAGCAAUGGAGCUCGAAGGGCUAAUACUAAGAGAGAAGCACUCGUGGGCAACAAAUGUAGAUGAUGAUGAAGAGAUGAAGUCUUUGAUUCCGAAUGAUCAUGACGGAACAAGUGGUGUGGGAUAUGAUAGUAUAUGCAGGGAUCAUAUUGUUUUGCCAAUCAAUGGAGGAAGAUGAUAUAUAAUUUACUUUCAGUAUUU